AUGAGCAAUUUAAAGGAACAAUCUAAAAAUAUAAUUCCAAAUAAACAGACCGUACAAAGCUUCCAGAAACAUGGACUAGUUGACUGGUUACAAGAAGAACGUAUACCUUUGGCUACAAAUCUAAAACUGAAUUUCUUAAAGGUAAGACAAGUAUUAGUGAAGAUCGCUACAAAUAAACUAAUACGUCAGAAAGAAGAAAUAAGGAAGCAAAUUGAAGAGCUAUCAAAACAACAAGAAGAACUCAAUCAAGAAGAAGACGAACUUAGGAAGCGGAAAGAGUUAGAAAGUCUUUCAGAAAAAGAGGUCAAACUUAAAAAGACCGAAAGCUAUAAUGUUGUGGUGCUGUCAAAAGACUUGCCACCAUUAGAUAAAGAACUCAAUUUAUCAGAAGUCAAAUUCGUAAAACGUUUACGUCGCUAUCAGCAUAUCUUGGCACCAAUUGAUUUGCGUCACUAUGGCUACCCAGUGGUAGGUUACCUUGGAGAAGGCUCUGUCUCGAUCUACAAACACCGAUUUAAGCGACGAAACCAGUCAAACUAUUCGACCCGAUGUUUAUUGGAACAUGUUUGCAUACGUUGUGCGCGACCCUUCCAUGUGGACGUUUCGGGUGAAUAUUUUACCAAAGAAAAUUGUAUUUACCACUGGGGGAAGUUUAAGGAGAGGUUUACAUGCUGCGGGGGUGAGAAAGACUCAGAGGGUUGCGAGCGUAAUAAGCUGCACGUGUGGAAUGGGAUUAUUGAUGGGGACAACGGACCCUAUAAAGAUUUUCUGUGCACACAACCACGCCCUGAUAAAUCGGAUGUUGAAGCCAAAGUGUACGCAUUGGAUUGUGAAAUGUGUUACACUGGACGUGGACUCGAAGUGGCCAGAGUAUCGUUAGUUGGUUACGAUGGUCAAGUGGUUUAUGACCAUUUUGUGAAGCCGACAUGUGAAGUUGUCGAUUAUUGUACACGCUUCUCAGGCGUAACCGCCAGAGAUCUAUGUAAAAAUCAAAACAAAAACUUGAAGACCUUUGCCGAGGUUCAAAAGGAUUUGCUGCAACUUAUCGAUGCCGAUACCAUACUCAUUGGUCAUAGCAUGGAGAACGAUUUACGUGUGCUGAAGAUUGUUCAUAAAACGGUUGUGGACACAGCAGACGAGUUCCCACACCCAUUAGGCUUUCCAUAUCGUCAUUCGCUUAAGAAUCUGACUAAAGAAUACUUAAAGCGCGAUAUUCAAUGUGGCAACAACGGUCACGACAGUGUGGAAGACUCUCGUGCCUGUUUGGAGUUGAUUAUGUGGAAAGUGCGUAACAAGAUGCCUCCAAAACGACCAAAAGAAUGGAUAAAAUAA